ACUACCUUCCAAAUUCAAAGUUCAAAGUUCAAAGCAUAGCCAUCAAUUUCUCACCAUAACUUCAAGCAAAGAAACAUGCAAAAGAGAGUGCAAUCCUCUUCAUCAAAUUACAACAACAUUAUCAUUGGUCCUCAGUAUUGUGUUCCUCAUUAUCUUGACCUAUCAAUUAUGAGAAAGGUCACAACAUUAAACGAUAACUUCACAAUCACAGAUAUUAAUGGCAAAAUCUUUUUCAACCUUGAUUCUUCUUUGAUAUCUCUCCAUGAUCAUCGUCUCUUACUUGAUGCCACCGAAAAAUCCGUCAUCAUGACUCUCCGACGAAAGGUAAUGAAAGGACACGAUCGAUGGGAAGCUUUUCGAGGUGAAAGCACGGAGCUUAAAGAUUUAAUAUUUAGUGUAAGGAGAUCACUCAUGUUUCAAACAAAGAUCAAAUUAGAUGUAUUCUUAGCUAGUAACAUCAAAGAAAAUACAAGUGAUUUUAAGGUCAAAGGAAGUUGGUUUGAAAGAUCUUGUGUUGUUUAUGCUGGUGAUUCUCACAACAUUGUUGCACAAAUGCAUAAGAAGGACAGUGUUCAAAGUGUUGAGUAUGGGAAAGAUAAUCUCAUGGUUAGAGUGUAUCCUAAUGUUGAUUAUGCUUUCAUUGUGGCAGUGAUUUUGAUUCUUGAUGAAAUUAAUCAAGACAAAAUAAGACAACAACACUAGGGAUUACUAGGUUGUUGUUAUAAAUCCUAGUUGCAAUUCAGAGAGUUGAUUGAUACUCCGAAUUACUAGGUAUCUUUUUGUUAAAAGGGUUUUAAAAAAAGAGUUGUCUAUUUGUUUACUACCUUUUUCUUUUAGUGUAAAGAUAAUUUUUCAAAA